AUGGCUCGUCCAAGCUCAUCGUCUCUCGCAUCACCUUCCAGUAUAGUCGGUGUCCAUUACAAAGUCGGUCGCAAAAUCGGCGAAGGCAGCUUUGGCAUCAUUUACGAAGGCACCAAUCUCAUUAGCAACCAACAGAUCGCCAUCAAGUUUGAGUCUCGAAAGUCUGAAGCACCCCAGUUGCGUGACGAAUAUCGUACCUACAAGAUCCUUUCUGGUGUUGAUGGGAUACCAGCAGCUUACUAUUUUGGACAAGAUGGGAUGUACAACGUAUUGGUGCUUGAUCUACUUGGUCCUAGUCUUGAAGAUUUAUUCGACAUGUGCUCUAGACGCUUUAGCGUCAAGACCGUUGCCAUGUUGGCACGGAGUAUGAUCAGUCGAGUGCAAAGCAUUCAUGAACGCAAUCUCAUCUACCGAGAUAUCAAGCCGGACAAUUUUCUUAUCGGUCGACCGAAUACGGAUCUUGCCAACAAGGUGUUCAUGGUUGAUUUUGGCAUGGCAAAACAGUAUCGGGAUCCAAAGACAAAACAGCACAUUCCUUAUCGAGAACGCAAAAGCCUUUCUGGUACAGCACGAUACAUGAGCAUCAAUACCCAUCUUGGACGAGAGCAAUCUAGACGUGAUGAUCUUGAAUCCCUUGGUCAUGUGUUUAUGUACUUUUUACGAGGAUCCCUUCCAUGGCAAGGACUCAAGGCUGCCACCAACAAGCAAAAGUAUGAAAAGAUUGGUGAAAAGAAGCAAACGACCAUGAUCAAGGAUCUGUGUUCUGGUUUCCCAGAGGAGUUUGCUAUAUACAUGCAGUAUGUCCGCAAGCUCGGUUUUGAUGAGACUCCCGAUUACGACUUUUUACGCGACUUGUUCACCAAAGCACUCAACAAUCUCGGUGAUAUCGAUGAUGGUGUUUAUGAUUGGAUGUUGUUGAAUGAUGGAAAGGGAUGGGAGUCACGACGAAACCGGCAUCAUCAUCAUCACCAUAAUCAUCAUGCUGGUGCUGGCAACAACCAUGGCCAUCAAACCGAUCUUGUGCGUAAUUCGACGACACGUGCACGACACUCGAAGCAAGCCCAACCUCAUCAACAACAGCUGCAGCAAGACCAAACGUUGUAUCAACAAGCACCGCGUAAACGAGGAUUUUGGCGUUCUGUGGGGUCCUUCUUCAAGUGCUCUUCUUGUUGCAAUUAG